AUGGCCUCCUCGCCCCACGCCUCUCGCCCAGCAGCGUCUCGCUCGCUGCCCUCUAUCACCGUCUUUAACCACCCUGCCGCUCGUCUCAUCAAGACUGUGCCCCAACUUCAGCCUCCCACCCGCGUCAAUGCACACGUCAUCAAUGACACCUUGGGCAUCGGACGCACCUCGUCUACCGAUGUCGUGCUCACAGACGUCCACGGUCCUCUUUCGCUUCUCGUCGUUCCUGACCCGCUCGAUCCAACCAUAGCAACCCUUGUUCUUUCCAUCGGAUUCCAGGACAACAGGCUCCAGGGCGCCGCUCGACGCUUCGUCUUGCCCUUUCGUUCCUUCAAGCGUGACCCCAUCACUGGUCGGCUCGUCUCUCAGUCCCAAGUCAAUGGAUUCGAUGCAGCGGAUCGCAAGAUCUAUCCAGGCCUAGGAGCAGGGCUCAAGGGCCUAGAUGGUGGAAGCUUCUGGUUCUUCGAGGACAUCGGCGAGCAAGGUGCCUUGGAUCGUUUUCGGUGGGAAAAGGACAAUGUCGGUCGUCGCGCCAUCUGGACCGUCUGGCUCAUCAGCACUCCCGCGCCCGUCGUGCUCCAUCUUCAGAAUCUGCUACAAUCCUACCCCGCUCCCGUUGUGCCGCUUCCGCCCUGGCUGAAGGAGAGGAACGGCUUCCCCUGGCAGGACAGCUACUUGCAACAAACCAUUAUCCCACCUUCACCGCAUCACGCUCAGAAGCCACAGAUACCACGCAGCGAUCCGCAGACCACAGCCAGCCUCUUAGCCGAGCCGAAGCAUCUUGGGCAAGAGUCCUCAUCCGUCACGAUUCGCGACACUCCCCAAGGGUCUUCGAGGAGCCAAUUUGACGCAGCUGCUCCACCGGAGUACAGAAACAGCUUGGUUGCUGUCGACAAUCUCACAGGUCAAAUUGCUGGUGUCUUGGCUUCCCAAGUUGAUCUCGACGCAUCUUCACCGUCUUCAGACCAAGCCUCGUCAGGCAGCAGCGACGACGAUCACACCGGCCUCGACGACGAAGACGAAAUCGAGACACCUCUUGAUGAGCACAUUCGACCUUUCCAGCACACAUCACCCGCAUCCCCCCUCGGCCUUCUCGACGAGUCCAAGCUGCUGCCCAGUCUACCUGCUGAUCUUUCUAUUGCCAGAGAGGAAAAAGCUCUCCCCAAUCCUCGAGCCAGCUCCAUCAUUGCUACUACACCUCGGCCCUCGUCAGUCCUAGCCGCCGAUACCUUCAGUCCACCCCCUCUCCCCGCAAAGCAGUCAAAUUCGCCCAAACGGGACACCCUCCCAUCGCGUCCGACCAGCUCCGUCUCCGCCGCCUUCUUCACUGCCGAAUCUGACACCGAUGCCAUGUCGAGCCACGACUCGGACGCACUCGAGAUCGAUCCUCGUUCGCUCACACACGACGGCCUUCCCUCCAGUUUUACCUCGAUCCGUGGCAAGGCAGUAGAGAGACAUCGUCCAGAGCUGCUUCGUGAUCUGGUGGAUGAUGCGGGCGCGGAAUCCGAUGCGAGUGGGAGUACCGUUGGUGGUCCUGCUGUGAGGAUGUGGCGCAAGGCGAGGGGGAAGUCGAAGAAGAAGCAGAACAAGGUGGUCACGUCUGAUGUAGGUGCGGACGGUGCAGUGGGAGGAAGACCAGCUAUCAGGUCGAGACAGGUGAGCGAGCUUUCAGAUCGCACAAGUAAGGCUGUCACGGCUGCGGAGUCUUUGUCAGAUGACGACGUUGUCAACCCCGACAUCCAGCCACAGCAACAACGUCGAAGCAGUACCGAUCCCAAAAGCAGCCCCGAAACGCACCUCCCUCGCUCAGCGCUGCGCACCGACCAAGUACGGUCCAUCGAGGACCAAGUCUGGCGCGAAGCCCUCGAAGGCGGUCAGCUACCCAUCGAUGCACCAUACACCCACCUCGCCGCCCGAGGAGAUGCGAUCUAUCCAUCCUCCAUCCUCUCCAGUCCACGAUCCAUCGCGGACGGCUCGGCGAUCGAGUUGCUCUCCGUCGACGAAAAGUCGCGCAAGCGGAGGCAGCAGACACAACGCCGCGCUGAGAGGAAGGACUACAUGCAGGGAGGGACGGUGCUCAUCGAGUUCUUGGCUGGAUCGAGUCGAAUCGGUGCUAGUUUGAUACGCAGUGCUGGGUUGGAUGCCAGCAGCGUGCGAGGCGAGGGUGUCGAGGGUGAGGCGAAGGAGUCUUCGAGAGCUGGUGGUUUGGCAUCGAAUGUUUUGGGGUACAUGCCGCUGCUACCCCAGCAUCUCUUGUCGUUCUUUGGUCUCUCGUCUACAGUAGACCAACCUGCUGCGAUGCAAACCGACACUGGCGCUUCCACCUCACCCGCAAAUCUGUCCGCGUCGUUCCUUCCAAACCUCACCCUCCCUACUAUACCUAGCUGGAUCUCCACCAUGUUGAGUUUCAACCCUUUUUACGCCACAACUCCUCCCACCAACAUCACGGAUGCUGAAGCGGAAGGGAGGGGUGAUGAUUCAAGAGCGGAAGAGUGGGAAUACGCGAUACCGGAGUUCGAUCCCACCUCGCUGUCGAGCACUCCUCGACCGGUGUAUCGUCGUAAAAGACCUGUGCCGUCGGCUGUGAAUGGGUUCAACAUCGCGUCCGUGGCAGCGAAGGGUGAUGCGGAGGCGGACGGAGUCGGGAAGCCGGCGGAGCCGGAUGCACAGCAGAGUGGAAAGGAGAACAGUCGUUAUUCGAUCCUUCACUUUGACAGUUUGGGGGUUGGAAGGAGAGCUUUCCUGCGUGGUUUGCCGGCGGAUGCUAUUCGUUGGUGA